UGCAACACAGCGCAGCUCGCCCAGCACUUGCCUGCGACGCUACAGCACACCUGUCAACCUCGACCAUGGCCUCCACCGCCUUCGUCUGCGCAGAGCCCGAGGGUGACGCGCUCCCUCCUUCGCUCCAGAACCUCCUCGACCAGGACUCGCUCAAGUGGAUCUUCGUCGGCGGCAAAGGUGGCGUGGGCAAGACGACGACGUCCUGCAGCCUCGCAAUCCAGCUCGCUGCCGUCCGCGAGUCCGUCCUCCUGAUCUCGACCGACCCGGCACACAACCUGUCGGACGCCUUCUCGCAGAAGUUCGGCAAGGAGGCGAGCAAGGUCAACGGCUUCACCAACCUCUUCGCAAUGGAGAUCGACCCGAGCGCGAGCAUGCAGGACAUGGUCGAGUCGGGCGACGACAGCGGCAUGAACGGCAUGAUGCAGGACCUGGCGUUCGCCAUCCCGGGCAUUGACGAGGCGAUGGGCUUUGCCGAGGUCAUGAAGCACGUCAAGUCGAUGCAGUUCUCGGCCAUUGUCUUCGACACGGCGCCGACGGGCCACACUCUGCGCUUCCUGUCCUUCCCCUCGGUCCUCGAGAAGGCGCUCGGCAAGUUGAGCGGCCUGUCGGGACGGUUCGGCCCCAUGCUCAACCAGAUUGGCUCGAUGAUGGGCGGCGGCCUGAACACGGGCGAGAUGUUUGAGAAGCUCGAGAGCAUGAGGGAGGUCGUUACCGAGGUCAACGCGCAGUUCAAGAACCCGGAUCUCACGACCUUUGUCCCCGUCAUGAUUUCCGAGUUCCUGUCGCUGUACGAGACCGAGCGCCUCAUCCAGGAGCUCACGCAGUACCAGAUCGACGUCCACGACAUCGUCGUCAACCAGCUCCUGUACCCCGAGAAUGACUCGCAGUGUAAGCACUGCAAGGUGCGGUGGAACCAGCAGCAGAAGUACCUUAAGGAGGCGUACGAGCUGUACGGCGAGGACUUCCACAUUGUGCGCAUGCCGCUGCUCAGCCAGGAGGUUCGCGGCACCGACGCGCUCAAGAAGUUCAGCAAGCUCCUCAUCGAGCCGUACAAGGCGGGCCAGGUCGUGGACCUGUCGGCGUCGUCUUGAAACUGCUCUCCCUCCUUGUGUAGAUCCAUCCCGGUCGCAGAGCAGCUUUGUCGUG